AUGGAUAAAUACCAUGAAUUGGCAAAUUCUAAUUCUUCAUUAAUUAUAGAAAAUAGUAACGAUAACAAUAAUAAUAAUAUAUUUUCAAUAGAUAGUGAAUUAAUAUAUGAAGAUGAUGGUAGAUGUGAAGAAGAAAAUAUUCAAGAUAAACCAUUUAAAUUUAAACAAUUAGAUAAUAGUUUUGAUGACGAUGAUGAUGGAGAUUUAAUAUUUUCAAAUGGUGGUGUUGGUGGUGAAGGUAAUGAAAGAAUUAAAGAACCACCUAAAGGUAUAAAAGGUGUAAUAUUUUAUUUAUGUUUAUCAUCUUAUUGGUUAGCAACAUCAGCGAUUAUGGGUGGACUAAUAUCAUUGGUAUGGCCGAGCCAAAUUGCGUCAAUAGGCGGUGAAGAAAAUAAAGAGAAAUAUGUUGGACUUUUACCAAUAUUAGGAGCAAUCACAUCGAUUAUAGUAGGACCUUUAAGUGGGUUUCUGUCAGAUCAUUGCACUAAUAGAUUUGGAAGGAGGAGAAUAUUCAUUGCGUCGGGGAGUGUCGUAGCGAUGAUAUCACUCUUCCUGACAGGCACAACCAAGAAUAUAUAUGCGUUUAUGUUGUUCCUAAUGGGAAUUCAGUUUGGUAUAAUGUGGGGCACGUCGCCAUUCAACGGGCUGAUGCCGGACAUAGUGCCCAAAUCAAAAUAUGGCGUUGCUUCGGGCUAUUUAGCGUUUUCCAAUGCAAUUGGUCAAUUAAUUGGUGUAGUUGGCACGGCAUUGCUAAUUCAUUAUACUAAAUCGUACAUUGCGACAUAUAGUUUUUUAGUUUUAAUUUUGGGUGUGUUGGUAUUCCCCACACUAAUUCACAUACAUGAGACACCGCUAUCGCCAAAUCAUGUGGAGAAAAUCACAUUCAAACGAUUCGUCUAUUCAUUCUAUUUACCAAGUUCGACAUAUAAAGAUUUCUAUUGGGUGAUAAUUACAAGAUUUAUGCAAGAGAUGGGUGUUUAUAGUAUAUUACCAUUCUUUGGAUACUAUUUAACCGAUAUCAUUCAUAUAGAUCCAACUAGUAAAGAAUUGUACACCUCUGCAAUACUUUCAUUGAUUAUUAUAACAAGUAUACCAAGUGCAAUCAUUGGUGGUCCUUUGUCUGACAAAUAUGGUAGAAAGCUAUUGGUAUAUAUAAGUUGCACAAUUAUGACAUUGAUUACUUGUGGUUUCAUAGUUUUAUCAUUUAUACCAUCAUUGAAAUUAGUGUUAUUAUUUAGUGGAUUAUUUGGUGUUGGCUAUGGUUGUUAUCAGGGUGUAGAUUAUGCUCUUGCCUUGGAUGUAUUACCACAAGAAAAUGUAGCAAAGGAUUUAAGUCUUUGGCAUCAAGCUUUAAUUUUCCCACAAGUUAUAGCUCCAGCCAUAUCUGGUUUAGUAAUUAAUUCCUUUGGAAGUAAAGUACUUGGUUAUACAAUUGCUUUCACAAUUGCUGUAUUUUGGUUUUUAUUAUCAACAAUAAUGAUAAAACCAAUUAAUUUAAAUAGAAAUAAAUUUAUAAAAUUAACUCCAAUUAAUUUAUAA